GAGCAGAAACUCACUGCUAACAACGCGCACCCCAUGUGAACACCCAGUGACUGCCGGGCCCCUCCUCCUGCCCCGGAACCUCAAGAACAUCCUAGGUGCCAAGUCCUGAAGAGCCACGGCAAUGGAAGCUCUCCCCAAGGACCUGGAGAUCGACGAGCGCUCUCCAGAAUCCAAGGACUUGCUCCCCAGCCAGACAGCCAGCUCUCUGUGCAUCAGCUCCCGGAGUGAGUCUGUGUGGACCACCACCCCCAGGAGUAACUGGGAAAUCUACCGCAAGCCCAUCAUCAUCAUGUCCGUGGGAGGGGCCAUCUUGCUCUUUGGGGUGGUCAUCACCUGCUUGGCCUACAUCCUAGAUCUGGGGGACAAGAGCAAGACCAGUCUCAAGAUGGUAGGGCCAGCUUUCCUGUCCCUGGGCCUCAUGAUGCUGGUGUGCGGGCUGGUGUGGGUGCCCAUUAUCAAAAAGAAACAGAAGCAGAGGCAGAAGUCCGUUUUCUUCCAGAACCUCAAGUCCUUUUUCCUGAACCGCUAAUGAGGGCCUCCUUCCCCGAGCUCACCAUCACCAGGCCACCGGGACCCGGAGGAGCCGUCUGAUAACCAACAUCCAACGACCCCAGCUCCUCCUCGACAGGGUUUGCCAUCAAACUGGUCUGUGCAGACCCUCUUUCUGCCACUGAGGGAGCGCGCAUGAGCUUGGGGGUGCCCCAGCGAUGCAGCCUGGGGUCUUUGCUGGGCGUGCCGCCCUCAGCCUCUCUGUUCUCACAGACGCUUCCUGCAGAUCUUGGUAGUGGUCCUCUGUUUGUUUCCAUGUGCUCAGCCCUGCUCAUGCAUCAGCAUCCUCCGUCUCUCUCUUCCGAGUGCUACGCCUGCUAGGAAAUCCCCUAGGGUGGGCUCGGCCCCGAGGAGAACACCUCAUGUUCACGUGCCGGAGGAGAACAGCUGGACUCCACGUCAUGUCCUUCUCGAACCAGAAGGGACCAGAAGAGGACCUUCAGAGAAGAGAGGCAGGAAGGCUGAGACUGGACUGGUUGAUUGAGAUGGAGGGUGAGAUGCUGCAUUUCAAGAGACCAGAUAAUUCACAAGUCAAGGAGCAAACAUUCCAAGACUGGAACGUAAAGGGGGCCUUGGGACUGGCUCUGGGAGUCAGUUUGAUUCCCAAUCACUGAUUAUUUACAUUGUGGACACCACUUUAGGCUAGAGGGUGUUCCAAUUCCUCCCUGAUCUCCUAAUCCCUUCCCAUUUGUUCCUCUGUCCCAUGGACUUGACAAGUAGCCAACAGUGCAUGUUGCCCUAACUUCCUCUUCCCCCUCCCCCAUGUCUCUGCCUCCCAAUGCCAGGGUAAUGACUUGAUGCAGCAC